AUGGCGUCACUUACCCGAUUUAUCUCCAAGUCAGCCGACAAGGCCUUGCCUUUCUUCGCAUUGUUAAGGGGAAACAAAAAGUUCGAGUGGGGGGAAGACCAGAGCAAAGCCUUCGCGGCUGUGAAAGAGCACUUGAAAAAAUUACCUACAAUCACAAGACCGGAGACAGGGGACGUACUGCAGUUGUAUGUUUCAGCGUCACCAAAGACGGUCGCGGCCGUACUAUUGGUGGAGAAGGAGAAACGACAGUGCCCCAUAUACUUUAUAAGCCAUAUCCUUAACGGCCCAGAAAGCCAUUACCAGUUGGUAGAAAAGAUGGCCUUGGCAGUCAUCAUAGCAGCCAGGAAACUGAGGCCAUACUUCGAUUGUCAUCCCAUCCAGGUGCUCACAAAUCAACCACUGGAAAAAGCUCUUCAAAAGAUGGAUAGCUCGGGUCGUCUGCUGAAAUGGGCCGUAGAGCUAUCUGAGUAUGAUAUUCAAUACAAGCCCAGAACCGCCAUUAAAGCUCAGGCCUUGGCGGAUUUCAUGGUAGAGGCCUCGUAUGAAGAAGAAGAAAUAGAGCAGAAAGAAAGUUGGCUAUUGGAAGUAGAUGGAUCCGCUGCUGAUAGCGGCUCAGGAGCCGGUAUAGUAAUGACAAGCCCGGAAGGUAACACUUUUCAGUACGCUAUCAGAUUCGGUUUCCCAGCAUCAAACAAUGAAGCGGAAUAUGAAGCAGCCAUAGCUGGUCUAAGAAUGUGCUUGGCGGCUGGUGCCCAGCAAGUACUACUAAAGACUGACUCUCAAUUGGUUAGCGGCCAGCUCAAAGGGGACUUUGAAGUUAGAGGGGCAAACAUGGCGAAGUAUGUGCAGAAGGCAAAAGAGUUGAUAGCUCAGCUUCGGCGUUUCGAAGUACAGGCCAUACCGCGAGCGGAGAACGCAAAAGCAGAUGCUCUUUCUAAGCUAGCCAGCUCCAAUUCAUUCAACGUUGAAAGGACAGUCACCAUAGACAUGCAAAAAGACAAAAGCAUUUUAGAAGAGAUUGUGACCGUCAACGUGGUAAACCAGCAGGGGGAAUGGUUCAGUGAGCUGGUGGCGUACAAACUGACAGGGGUACUCCCAAGCAAUCCCUUCGCCGCGAAGAAGUUAAGACGACAGGCAAACUGGUACAUCAUAUAA